AUGAGCUGGAGGCGAGGCGGAGGAGCAGGGGACGGGGCCCUGAGCAGGCGAUGGGUCCUCCUGCUCUGCGCCGGGAGCUUCUCCCUCGGCCUGCUCUUCACCAACGGGAUGUGGACAUUGCCAGAGGCGACGGAGGUUGCCAAGCCAAACGAUAGAAGAGGGGAGGCGGCCAAGCUUACCGCCGGAGACUGUAAUUCUGCAAAGGUUCCAGAGAAGCACGAUUUCAGAGACACGCUUAGCGUCCUGGAUAGUAGUAACGAUGUACAGACUUUGGAUAAAACAAUAUCGAAUUUGGAGUCGGAACUUUCAGCUGCAAGGACCCUUCAGGAAUCAUUUCUAAAUGGUUCUCCGGUUUCAGAAGAGUACAAGGCCUCUGAGUCUGCUGGAAGGCGAAAAUACUUCAUGGUCAUCGGCAUCAAUACGGCUUUCAGUAGCCGCAAGAGAAGAGAUUCUAUCCGCAAUACCUGGAUGCCACAAGGAGAGAAGAGAAAAAAACUUGAAGAAGAGAAGGGGAUCAUAAUUCGUUUUGUCAUUGGUCACAGUGCUAUUGCAGGUGGAAUUGUGGAUAGAGCAAUCGCAGCAGAGGAUAGAAAACAUGGAGACUUCAUGAGGCUUGAUCAUGUUGAAGGAUACCUUGAAUUAUCAGGAAAAACCAAGACAUACUUUGCUACAGCUGUUGCUUUGUGGGAUGCUAACUUCUACGUGAAAGUUGAUGACGAUGUGCAUGUAAAUAUAGCGACCCUUGGGCAGAUUUUGUCCAAACAUAUUUCGAGGCCCAGGGUAUAUACUGGAUGCAUGAAGUCUGGUCCUGUCCUAUCUGAUAAGGAAGUCAGGUAUUAUGAACCUGAGCACUGGAAGUUUGGGGAUAAGUAUUUCCGACAUGCCACCGGUCAACUCUAUGCUAUUUCGAAAGAUUUGGCAACCUACAUCUCCAUAAACAAGCAUGUGUUGCACAAGUAUAUCAAUGAGGAUGUUUCUUUGGGGUCUUGGUUCAUAGGGCUAGAUGUUGAGCAUAUUGAUGACCGUCGACUUUGCUGUGGUACUCCACCUGAUUGCGAAUGGAAAGCCCAGGCGGGUAACACCUGUGCGGCCUCAUUCGAUUGGAGAUGCAGCGGUAUAUGCAACUCAGUGCAGAACAUCCUAGGAGUGCACAACAAGUGUGGAGAAAGCGAAAAGGCACUCUGGACCGCUUCUUUCUAACCAAACCUGGAGGAAGACCUGACUGAAGGUGCUCUGUUGUAGUAUAUAAGACCUGGGUAUGUUGUACAUUGUGCAUGAAAUGUGUUCGAUUCAUUCUUAGCCCUGUAGGUAGAUGGUCUGUUGGGAAAUGCCGGCGAAGCAGGCCGUGGUUUUACUCGGAGUCUGCCAGUGCUGGUUGAGGGGGUAUAUGAGCUGCUUGAUCCGUUGGCAUGUUUUUGGGUGGUCAUUUUGUAAUGACCUUAUGUACUCUGUGGUUGGCUAACAAGAUAUAUAAAGAUCUUUAAUCUUCAUUCUACCA